AUGCAGCCUAUCACAGGAUUUGGAGUGGGUAAAGUUUUAGAGUCUGGUAAUUCAAACUUCCAGAAAGGUGACUUAGUUUGGGGAAUGACUGAAUGGGAGGAGUAUAGUAUUGUAACAUCUACUCAAACUCUCUUUAAAAUCCAUGACAAAGAUGUCCCUCUUUCUUACUAUACUGGAAUCCUUGCUGCUUCUGGAGCAGUUGGUCAGCUUGUUGGGCAAGUUGCAAAGAUGUUAGGUUGCUAUGUUGUUGGUAGUGCUGGAAGCAAAGAAAAGGUAAGUUCUAUUGUGAGCUGUUCAAUAUUAUUAAAGGUUGAUCUAUUGAAGAGCAAGUUUGGGUUUGAUGAAGCUUUUAACUACAAGGAGGAGCAGGAUUUAGCUGCAGCUUUGAAGAAGUUAGUAAUCUUAGAGACCGUUUGGAUUAGCUGAGUGCUAAAUAAACAAUUUAUGUAUUUAGUAAAAAGUGCUCAUAAGUUAGUCAUCUGUUACCAUGACUAAAAAUUCAUUAAUUUUUUUUUUGCAAGAAAUUAUAAAUUCAAAUAUUUUCAUGCAAAUAAAAGGAGGAAUGAAAAAUAUGGAGUGAAGACAAAGUUAGAAUUUUUGAUCUGGGAAAAUAUUUUGAGAAUUAAAAAAAAGAUAUUGAGGAUAAAAUAGUAAAAUACUUGAUCAAACCAAAAGCGUUAAUUUAUAAGUUGAAAAGUCGUAUAAGUUAAGAAUGACCAAGUUAGAUCUUUUGGUUGAUUUUGACUUAUAAGCACUUUUGUUGUUAACGAAACGCGUACAAAAUCACUGGAAAGUAUAUUGAUUUAUAUUAGGUACUUCCCUGAUGGACAUUUACUUUGAGAACGUUGGAGGUAAGAUGCUUGAUGCAGUUCUUCUGAAUAUGAAACUACAUGGUCACAAUACAACCUUGAGCAGACUGAAGGAGUACACAACUUGUUUUGCCUCGUCUCGAAACGAAUUCGCAUGGAAGGACUUUCAUCUUUAUUCGAAAUAUUUAGAAAUAAAGGCUGGUAACGUUGUGUACGUUGAAGACGUAGUUGAAGGUUUCGAAAGUACGCCCCACUGCUCUAGUUGGUCUCUUCUCUGGUCGCAAUAUUGGAAAGCAAGUUGUGAUGCUGAAUUUUACACAAAAUGUUAGUAAAAUGUUUAGUUGGGAUAAGUGUAUCAUGUGCUAAGAAAAUGAUGUGCUUGACAGUUUUGAGUUGUUUUACGUCACUGUAAA